UGAAUGUUGGGGGCGUGUAUUUAUUUCAGAAGUACAUGAGUAGUAAUUGUGGACUGCUAGUGCGGAUCUGACUCUUCUAAAAAGUUUUAUCGUACUCCAGUCUUCGAGCUCGUAUUUGAAGAACAAGGAGUCGUGUGAAGAAAACCAGCGUAUAAAAAAUGCCAGGAGAAAGACUGUCCAUACGUGAUAACUCUGCUGUCGGCCGUUUUCAUGCCAUUUCUGCGAGCAAUGGAGCCGUCCCAGAGAAGCAGGCAGAUGCUCAAGAGAAGAAAAAUGAGAGUGGAUGUCGCCGUUGGUUACAGAAGGCUUGCCCAUGUUGCUUCCGACGACAGAGCAGCUCGUAUGAUGUCACUGGUGAAAUGGGUCUUGUGGCUGAUGGGACCGGAGAGAGCGAGGCUCCAGCAUCUCCACUGCCUCUAACUACGGAUACAGAGCUGGAUGAGUUGUUUCUAACAGUGCGUUCUGUGAAUCUGCUCAGCGGGAAAUCCGAUCAGAACAGGAAGGAGCAUCACACAGACCAGUAUCACGGCGACCAGCUCAUUAUCCGCAGAGGCCAAACUUUCCAAAUAGAGCUUGAGCUUUCACGACCUUUCAACCCAAACACAGAUAAACUUCACCUGGAACUGCAGACAGGGCCACUCCCACUGGUGUCAAAGGGCACGCAUGUCAUCAUACCAUUAGUGGAGGAACUUCAGGAUGAAUGCUGGGAGGCCAAGAUUGUGGAGCAAAACAUCAACCGAAUCAAGCUGUCCAUCAACUCCCACGCCACGGCGGUUAUCGGAAAGUACAAGUUGACCAUCACAACGCUGAGUCUGAAGACCGGGGAGAGAAGCACAUAUGACCCUGAAAAAUAUAUUUACAUGCUGUUCAAUCCCUGGUGUGAAGAGGACACAGUGUAUAUGGAAGGUGAGAAAGAAUUGAAGGAGUAUGUUUUAAAUGACACUGGACGUGUCUACUAUGGCACUGAGAAGCAAAUCGGAGCUCGAACAUGGAACUUUGGCCAGUUUGAUGAAGGUAUUUUGGAAGCCUGUCUGUUUGUGCUGGAUAACAGUGAGGUUCCUCCCUCAGGUAGAGGAGAUCCCAUCAAUGUGGUCAGAGUCAUUUCUGCUAUGAUAAAUUCCCCAGAUGACCGCGGUGUUUUGGAGGGAAACUGGUCUGGGAAUUACGUGGGUGGAACUCCUCCCACAGCCUGGAGUGGUAGUGUGGAAAUCCUCAAAAAAUACCACCAGGAGGGUGGAAUGCCGGUCAAAUACGGCCAGUGCUGGGUGUUCUCUGGGAUCACCACCGCAGUACUGAGAUGUCUAGGUAUUCCUGCCCGUUCUGUCACAAAUUUCCAGUCUGCUCAUGAUACCGACGUCUCCUUGACAACGGAUGUUUACUUUGAUGAGAAUAUGGAACCAAUCCAUCACCUCAAUUCUGAUUCUGUGUGGAACUUCCAUGUUUGGAAUGAUUGCUGGAUGGCUCGUCCGGAUUUGCCUCCUGGAAUGGGCGGCUGGCAGGCCGUGGAUUCCACCCCUCAGGAAACCAGUCAUGGAACGUUCCGCUGUGGUCCAGCAUCACUGGCCGCUAUACGCUCUGGACAGGUCUACCUCAAAUACGACACACCUUUCGUAUUCGCUGAGGUGAACAGUGAUAAAAUCUACUGGCAGAGGAACCUCGAUGGCACCUUCAGUCAGAUCCACAGCGAGAAGAAAGCUGUGGGGCACUGCAUCAGCACCAAAGCUGUAGGCUCUGAUCAGCGUGAAGACAUCACACAUAUUUACAAAUACCCUGAAGGCUCAGAGGAGGAGCGUAUCGCCGUGGAGACUGCUUGUCGCUAUGGCAGUAGACCUGACAUAUACUCCAGUCCCAUUGCUGAAGAUGUUCAUGUGGAGGUGAAGAUAAACGGAGAAGGUCCACGCAUGGGAGUAGAUGCACAGCUGCAGAUUGUUGUAAAGAACCUGAGCUCAGAGCCUCGCAGAACCACACUCCACAGCCAGGUGGCAGUUAUGUACUACACCGGCGUGCUGAAGGACACCGUAAAGAAGGACAAGCUUUCUGUUGAGCUAAUGCCAUAUGAAGAAAAGAUUAUUGAAUGGAUCCUGCCAUAUGAACAGUACCAGAACCAACUGGUGGAUCAAGCUGCGCUCAUGCUGACCCUGUCUGGUCGGGUCAAUGAAACCCAGCAGGUUUUGGCCAAUCAGACGAGCUUUAGACUGCGAACGCCUGAUCUCAUCAUUGAGCCUAUUGGAGAGGCUUAUGUGGGCAAAGAGACGUCAGCGAAGAUCACGUUCACAAAUCCUCUGCCGUGUACACUCCGUAAUGUGGUGGUGCGAGUGGAGGGACUGGGGCUGAGAGACCUCCAUCCCAUCAGAGUGGGGGAUGUGGGUAAGCAUGCUAAUGUGACCGUGACUGAACACUUUAUCCCGACAAUAGCAGGCACGAGGAAGCUUGUGGCCUCUUUGGAUUGCAAGCAGCUCACGCAGGUGCAUGGCGUGGUCGACAUAAUCGUUCAAGAAAGCCAGUGAAUUUAGUUUAUCAGCACUGUUAUGAACUGUAUGUACCUUCACAGUUUUAUGUCUGUAUCAUCAGAUCCUGCAUUACUAAGUAUUCUUCACUGCUUUAUCCAUUCUUAUGUGGUUGACACUGAGCCAAGCUGCUGUUAUUUUAAAUGUGGAAAUUUAACACUGAAAUUGUUAUGCUGAUAAUAUAAUUGGCAAGGAUUUUUUUAUUGUUAAAUUAGCAAAGAAGGCAAAAUAGAAGUAUUCUCAAUAGUGGUUUCAGACUUUUGGAACCCACUUUAUGUUUUUAUCAUGAUGUUUGUUUAACCAUUUGUUUUACUUUUACACAUUGUUUAGAUGUUUCUUUUAAACAUGCUGCUUUGCAUAUUAACAUCUUGCAAAUUCUAGCUUUUAAGCAUGUCCUGGUUCAGUUUAGAGCAUUAGCUGUAGUAAAGAACAACAUUUUCUAUUUGUUUUUAAACCACUGAAAAAACUAAUGGAUUACCUUAUUGGAGUAUCAUGAUUUUAUAUAUACUUAUGACUGUAAAUGUAACAUUUGUGUGAAUGAAAAUCAAAAAACAAAAAACAAAAAGUAGUAUUCUUCUGUUGCCGAACACAUUUAGCCCAUGCAUUUCAUUUGCCCAGUAAUGUUACUGCCUUAUAUUGCAUACUGUUCAAAGUUAAACAGUAAUUAUUAGGAUUCAGGCUUUCUUUAAUGUGCCUUAAUGGAACUGAGUUAGCACUGGAUUCAUCCAAAGAUUCUGCAAAUUAACACUAUUCCUCUGCACUUAAACUACGAAGGACAUGUUAGAUGACAUUUUAUGCUUUAUGAAGGACAUGUUAGGCUAUGUCUACAUUACGACGUUUUCGUUUUUGAAACCCUCUCUAUCCACACUGCCGUUUUCAAGUGUUUUCCAAAAGUUGUUCGUCCACACUGAAACGUAUGAAAACGCUUAGUCCCCUUAAUGGUGCUAUAUGUAAGAUUGACAACAAGCAUUUGAAAUGGGUACUGCAGUCCAAAUUCUAAAUACUGGAAAGUUGUCUGCCCCGCCCCAGACACGAAGCUCAUGCGGGUUGCUAGAAUUAGCCAACUCAGUAUCCGUUUUAAAGGAUUUCUGGGCUUUAAGCUGUCUCCAUCUUCCAAAGGCAUAUCCACUCUUUAUCCUUGUUUUACUACGCCUCUGGUUAUGGUGGUUUUUAGAUGGAUGGUGAGGCUUUUUAGAUCAGGUGGAAUCUGUUAUCUCUGAUCCAGUUCGUUUGCUGGCUUCCAUGGCUGCAGCUCACAGUGUUGUUUGCCUGCAAACUUGUUCAAAUCUGGCAACUCGGCGGUGUCGAAAUACUAUUGGUGAUUGGGCAGUGGCCAAAACAUAAACAGAAAUUCCGGCCUGGAAUGGAAACUUCAAAGUAGAAUAUACUGGCUGUAGCAUUGUCAUCGAAGAAGCCAGUAUUUCAACUUAGCAUGUUUUCUAAUUCUCUAAUGACAUAUUAUGGUCACUUUAUGAUUUAGUACAGUAAAAAUAUUACAUAUAGCACCUUUAAGCCCCGUACACACAUGCAGCGACUUUAUUGCUUGAUGUUGCUAGUCUCUGUAGUCUCUGUACUGUGAAGUCGCUAGUGGGCGUUUCUACUGCUGUCGCUCUAACGUUAUUGGUGGAUUGCAUGUCUGGCCAUGUCUUUUGGAAACAUGAUAAUAGAUUUGACAUUUUGCUACGAUUUCAUUCUAAUUUAACAAGGAAUCCAUUUUCUUGUCCCUAAAAAUGCCCUUUCUGCAGGGGAGAAUGUUUUUAUAUGAACUGCAGCAGUGCUUAAUGCAUCAUAACAUUAAUAAGUUGAACGAACUAUCAAUGUACGAAUCAAACUCACUCAGACUGCCAACCAUUUCUUUUCCACACAUAAUUUUUUAUUAUAUCCAUUUAUGUGGUUACAGACGAAUCAUAUAGAAUAGUGAAAUCGCUCACAGAAACUUUAACUUCUCUGUCUUGUCUGCACUCGACUCCAUGAUCUCAAAGGAGAUGGAUGACGUGAGCUCCACUGACGCAGUCUUUACUCCUAUUGGUUUUUGCUCCCGAAAGUCGCUCCUUAUUUGAAUCAAGUUGAAUCUCAACUUUUUUUUAUAAGUAAUCCACAUUUUUUUUUUCAUCUGCAUGUUUUAACCCGAACAAGUGCAUCACACUCAUUUCAGGAGUUUAGACACAGCAACUGUCAGAAUUGAUGGAUACUCAUUUUCACCUCACAACUUCUUUUAUUUAUGAUUGUUUGUACACCUAAUUUAUUCAUAUAUACUGUAAAUCACAAUUUAUAUCAGAACUGAACAGUCGCUAGGUUAAAGGAAUAUUCCGGGUUCAAUACAAGUUAAACUCAGUCGACAGCAUUUGUGGCAUAAUGUUGAUCAGCACAAAAAUUUAUUUUGACUUGCCCCUCCUUUUCUAAAAAAAAAAAAAGCAUUGUGAAAUCCACUGCAGAAAAAAACAAAACAAAGGACAAUCCUUCUUUUAAACACAUUGUAAGUGGAGUUUAUAUCAGCACAUGAGUCUUCAUUAAGUUAUGCUUUUUACAUUAUGUUUGUGAGGUAAUAGUUUGAUCGGUUGUUUUUACCAAUUUAAGCAGAUUACUAGAUCUGUAUUAAAUAUGUAGAGCUAUUUUUAAUAUCAACUCCUGUUUUUUACCUCUAUGUUGGUGUGCUGUCGACAAACUGUAGGAAAAAGAUAGAUCUGCUGUGUUAACACUUAGGAAUUUUACUGAAGUCAGCAGAUAUGUAGACACGCUUUUUAUACAUGAAAACGUACAGACGUUAUUGAAAAUAAUCAUUAUUGAUAUAUACAACUAUUAUUGUUGUCUUUUGAUAGAAGUCAUGCUCAGCAACUCACAAACUGUAGGUAAAUGAUAGAUAUUGCUUUCUUAUAAUGCUUAAAACCUCUACUAAAGUCUCUUUGAAGGUCUGUAGACAUAUACAUUUUAAAGGAUUAACUCAUUUCAUUAGUUAAUCACUGAACUCAUUUGUUACCACCUUCUGGCAUCACCAGAAAUGGACACUGAAUCAUUAAAUGGAUCUCAAUGAAUUUUGGUGAAGACAGUCAAAACACUCAAGCCACUUGGAUAAAUUUAAAGGUGCUAUAUAUAAUAUUUUUACUGUACUAAAUCAUAAAAUUACCAUAAUAUGUCAUUUGAGAAUUAGGAAACAUUCUAAGUUGAAAUACUGGCUUCUCCGAUAACAAUGCUACAGCCAGUAUAUUCUACUUUUGAAGUUUCCAUUCCAGGCAGGAAUUUCUGUUUAUGUUUUGGCCCGCCCACUGCCCACUCACCAAUAGUAUUUCAACACUGCCGAGUUGCCAGAUUUGAACAAGUUUGCAGGCAAACAACACUGCGAGCUGCAGCCAUGGAAGCCAGCAAACGAACUGGAUCAGAGAUAACAGAUUCCACCUGAUCUAAAAAGCCUCACCAUCCAUCUAAAAACCACCAUGACCAGAGGUGUAGUAAAACAAGGAUAAAGAGUGGAGAUGGUCAUGUAAAUCUAACAUGGCAGCCCCCAUGUGUGGACCCUCUCCAUGUAGAAUAAAACAGCUUUUACUUAC